AGUCUAAAACACCUUGAAAGGCUUUUUAAAUGACCCUCCUCUGGGAAGCUGGUACUUGUGAGGUUAUUAGCUUUCAUCAUAAAAAGUAUUUUAACAGGGUGUAAACCAGAGAGGCCUGAGGACACUCUGAAGACACUGAAAAGUUGCAGUCCGUUAUUUGGAAUACACGUUAUGAACCCUUUCUGGAGCAUGUCUACAAGUUCUGUGCGCAAGAGACCUGAGGCUGAAGAGAAAACUUUGAGUGGAGAGCUGCGAACCAGUCCUCUACGAGCCUCUACAAAGAAACAGUUGCCUUCUAUUCCAAAGAAUGCUGUGCCAAUAACCAAGCCUGCUUCACCUGCCACAUCAUCCCAGUCGACAAAUGGAACACAUGCUUCUUAUGGGCCUUUUUAUUUGGAGUAUUCCCUCCUUGCAGAAUUUACCUUGGUUGUAAAGCAGAAAUUGCCAGGUGUCUAUGUGCAGCCAUCUUACCGAUCAGCAUUAAUGUGGUUUGGUGUAAUAUUCAUAAGAAAUGGGCUCUACCAGGAUGGCGUGUUUAAAUUUACUGUCUAUAUUCCUGAUAAUUACCCAGAUGGAGACUGCCCGCGCUUGGUUUUUGAUCUGCCUGUCUUCCAUCCGCUAGUAGAUCCUUUAUCUGGUGAACUGGAUGUGAAAAGAGCAUUUGCAAAAUGGAGGCGAAAUCAUAAUCACAUAUGGCAAGUAUUAAUGUAUGCUCGCAGAGUCUUCUACAAGAUUGAUACAGCUAGUCCUCUGAACCCUGAGGCUGCAGUGCUGUAUGAAAAAGAUAUUCAGUUGUUCAAAAGUAAAGUGGUGGACAGUGUCAAACUAUGCAGCAGUCAUUUAUUUGAUCAGCCUAAAAUAGAGGAUCCCUAUGCAAUCAUUUUUUCUCCAUGGAAUCCAGCUAUACAUGAUGAAGCUAGAGAGAAGAUGUUGACUCAGAAGAAGAAGCCAGAAGAUCAGCACUGCAAAAGCAUGCAUGUUUCUGGCCUGUCAUGGGUAAAGCCUGGCUCAGUUCAGCCUUUCAGCAAAGAAGAGAAGACGAUGCCUACUUAGCUCUUCUGGACUGUGGUGCACAAAACACUUUCUGUGGGUGGAGGGAAUAUAAUGGAGGGAGAAACAGCAAAGCAGCGGUUUCCUUCUUGACUACGGAUUAGUAAAAACCGAACGGUAGCAGUGACUCCAGUAAACCUGUUCAAUGGAUUACUGACUCUUAAUGUUUUACAUAUGCAUUAGGUUUUAAAGGCUUGCCUGGAGUUCGGAAGUCUCUCUUGAACACUGCAGUACUUCUACCUGAAGACUGUCUAGGGUGGGUAAUUCCUCAGGGCUCUGAAAUGCCUGGAGGUUUUGGGUUGGUUUUUAAGCUUUUAUUUUUUCCCUCCAGGAAUAGCAAUUUUUUAAAAAAACUUAAAUUACUGGCAGAAAUAUUAGCAUUGGAAAUAUGAUGCCAGAGGUAAGCUGUGUUCAUGUAAACUAAUAUAGCAGAGUUAAACACUAUAUUUAAUGGUUUUAAAUACUUUGGUUUCUAUUGUAAAUAUAUUAGAAUUUGAAAUUGUAAAUAGAUGGUUCAUUGACUCCAUUUAGCACUUUCAGAGGUAAAGCUGGGGAUGAUGUAUGAUGUAUUAUUGAUUUGUAAAUGGAUAUUGUCACUAAAGCGCACAUUAGUCUGACAGGGUAAAAGCAGAAUGUCAGGCUUGUUAGACUUUUAUUACAUAAACACUAAAAUCAAAGCUUUUAAUGGUGGUCUCUUGAGCUAAUAAAAUCUUAGAGGAUUUUAGAUUCCCUAGGUGUCUAGGGGAUUACUUAGGAUAGCUUGACUAAUGUGUGUUAAUAGUGACAUCUUAAAAUAAAAAGAAACCGUGAUCUA